GUUUCCAUUUCUAUUUCAGUUAAUCAGGUGUUGCUGUUCCUUCUGAUCGUGACCCUCUGUGUGAUUCUGUAUAAGAAAGUUCAGAAGGGGACUGUGUCCAAGAAUGAUGCAGAUGAUGAAUCCGAGACUCCUGAAGAACUGGAAGAAGAGAUUCCUGUGGUGAUUUGUGCUGCAGCAGGGAGGAUGGGUGCCACUAUGGCUGCCAUUAAUAGCAUCUACAGCAACACUGACGCCAACAUCUUGUUCUAUGUAGUGGGACUCCGGAAUACUCUGACUCGAAUACGAAAAUGGAUUGAACAUUCCAAACUGAGAGAAAUAAACUUUAAAAUCGUGGAAUUCAACCCGAUGGUCCUCAAAGGGAAGAUCAGACCAGACUCAUCGAGGCCUGAAUUGCUCCAGCCCCUGAACUUUGUUCGAUUUUAUCUCCCUCUACUUAUCCACCAACAUGAGAAAGUCAUCUAUUUGGACGAUGAUGUAAUUGUACAAGGUGAUAUCCAAGAACUUUAUGACACCACCUUGGCCCUGGGCCAUGCAGCGGCUUUUUCAGAUGACUGCGAUUUGCCCUCUGCUCAGGAUAUAAACAGACUCGUGGGACUUCAGAAUACAUAUAUGGGCUAUUUGGACUACCGGAAGAAGGCCAUCAAGGACCUCGGCAUCAGCCCCAGCACCUGCUCUUUCAAUCCUGGUGUGAUUGUUGCCAACAUGACAGAAUGGAAGCACCAGCGCAUCACCAAGCAAUUGGAGAAAUGGAUGCAAAAGAAUGUGGAGGAAAACCUCUAUAGCAGCUCCCUGGGAGGAGGGGUGGCCACCUCCCCAAUGCUGAUUGUGUUCCAUGGGAAGUACUCCACAAUUAACCCCCUGUGGCACAUAAGGCACCUGGGCUGGAAUCCAGAUGCCAGAUAUUCAGAGCAUUUUCUGCAGGAAGCUAAAUUACUCCACUGGAAUGGAAGACAUAAACCUUGGGACUUCCCUAGUGUUCACAACGACUUAUGGGAAAGCUGGUUUGUUCCUGACCCUGCAGGGAUAUUUAAACUCAAUCACCAUAGCUGAUAUAACUCUACCCUUAAAAUACUGCCUGUCUAGAAAUGUGGAAUUAUCUCUUUGUAGCCAACUAUAACAUUGUUCUUUAUGAACAUUACCUUUGAUACAGAUGAGCCACAAUAUAAAAACCAAAAACUACUGUGUGCAAAUUAUACCUUGGACCAUACAGGCAUUGACUGACUUCUUUAAGUACAUGUGUUAACUAUGGAAA